GGAGAGAAGCGAGCUAACAGACGGAGCGGGGAGCGGACAGGCGGAGGAGCGGCGGAGCUGUAGUGAAAUGAGACACAGCGCGGGAGCGGAGCGGAACACGGGGCUUUGUUGGUGGGCGAGGUCGGUGAGGGUGUCGGCUCUAUGCCCCGGGCGGUGGUAGUAUCCGUGUCCGUGUUGUGAGGAGAGCGUGCGGGCAGUGAGUCAUGUCUCAGCAGCAGCAGCGGGUGGUGCAGCUGUCAGCGGCUUCGCUGGCCGUGGUGUUGUGGCGGGAGGCGGAGCCGGAGGAGAGCGCGGCGGCGACGGGCGGCACUGCGGCGGCGGCGACCUGUACGAACGGGCAGGACAUUUUCAUGGAUUUUAAAUCCCAGAAUCUGCACAGCUUCUGGAAUAAGCGGCUGGUGAAGGCCGUGGCUGAAGUUUACUUCCAGGGCUGGAUGGAGAAUUCGGUGCUGCUCAUUCAGGGAAACGGCAACAACCUGGAGGUGCUGCGGGAGGCGUGGAUGCGCCGGGCGCUGCGCUCUCCGAAGGGCUUCACCAUCAAAGCAGUGGGUGACUUGUCCCCAAUGCAGAUGUCCCCUAUUACCCAGUCGCAGUUCAUCCCACUGUCUGAAGUGCUGUGCUCAGUCAUAUCUGACAUGAAUACUGCUAAUAUAACGGUCAACCAGGAGGCUCUGAUUAAACACAUGAUGAAGGCCCAUCCAGGAAUGACAAUUCCCACCCAGGAAAUCCUCUACAAUGCACUGGGAGCGCUUAUUAAAGAGAGAAAAAUCUAUCACACUGGAGAGGGCUACUUCAUUGUUUCUCCUCAGACAUACUUCAUCACCAACAACAUGCCAAAAGAGAAAAGUUGGUGGACAAACGAAAAUGACCAUCCUUCUCCUCCCCCUAUAACCUACCUGGUGAGCAACGAAAGCUGCAUGGAUGCUUCAACUGACAUACCCAUCAUGGCCCACUGCAAGUCCUGUAGUUGCUUCACACCUCAGCCAACAGCUCCACCAUCUGUCCAGGAGCAGUCCAUCAGUAUAAGUGAAUGUACCGGAAAAAGCCUGAAGUGGCCUCGAGAACAUAAACCUGCCGUCCAGCAUCAGUCCACCUCUACAGCAGCAGAUUACCAGGCUAGUGAAAUCAGCAAAUCAACAAACACUAGUCGUAAAGAUAAGGAGAAACCCGGACGCAAGUUCGGCCUCAACCUGUUCCGACGUAACACAGGAAAGAAGGAGAAUAAACUAAAGAAGGAAUAUGCCACUUUCUCUGGGCAGUUUCCACCUGAAGAGUGGCCAGUUAGGGAUGAAGAAGAUCUUAAUAACCUUCCCAGAGAUCUGGAACAUGCCAUUAUUAAACGUAUCAACCCUGAGCUUACUGUGGACAACUUGGUCCGCCAUACUGUCCUGAUGAAAAAACUGGAAGAGAAAGCGGAGAGAAUGACAAAGGCCAUAACUAUUGACAAAGGCAUGUCCACAGAGAUCCUGCGCUCUCAGCAAAGACACCAUUCAUCCAGGGCUGGUGGAAAGAAGCCAGUCGCUAAAGCCACACGGAGCAAGAGAAGAGUGCCUUCUUCCAAAGAGAAACAGAGGACAAAGACUAAAGAUGUUUCAUGUGAUGACGAUUUACAGGCAGAUGAUCUCAUUCCAUCUUGCCUCAAGCCUGAAUUAGUUCUAGAAGAAACUGACAAUCAUGAGGAUUGUGCUGUUUUGGACCCAAAAUGCGUCUACAAGAAACGCAUAGAGAAUCCAUUUCAGUCGCUGCCAGGGCGGGAUAUAGUACCAACCACCACUCACAAAGAACAAAGGAGGAGAGAGGCCAAGACUUCAACUCGGCGGGAGCGAGCAGGUCACAGGUCCAAAUCCUGGGAUCCUCACCGCGUGAAAGCAGUCAGUGAAGAGCAUGACAAAGCUCAUAUGCCGACAGAUAGAUCUUGUGAGCGUCUCCAUGAAGGAGGGCUGACUUUAGAUUCUGUCACAGAUUCGAAAGCUGUUAAAGAACUUCCUGGAGAUUACAGCUUUGUCUAUCCUGACAGCAGCACACUGAGGAUAGAAGACAAGGUCAAACUAAGAGACAGCAAGGUCAGAGGCAGGGAGCUGAGAGAUGGGACAGGAAGGGAGAUUAAACAAAAGGUUUUUCACGAGAGAGAUUCUGAUCAGAAGCACAUCAUGGACCUGACUUCACAUCCAUAUGAAACAACAGAAUUACCCAUGCCAUGGCCCAAAUUUACAGUUCAACGUAGACGUUCCCUCCAUCUAGUCAACAAUAAGGACGAAUCUGACCACUGCCCUGACCUUUUGUCCUCACACCAGCAGACAUGCACCCAACAACUGGCAGACGCUGAUGGCAUGCGCCGAGACACCAGCCAUGCAGGCAGUGAAGCAUACACUGAUGAUGAGCACCGCAUUUAUCAGAAAAUAGAGGAUGAUGAUGAUGAUGAUGACUGUUGUAGCUCCUUGUGUCUGAACGAGGAAUGUGCCAGUGAGGUGGUUUGCCCUGGCACAGCACGCUGUCGUGAACCAGUCUGUCUGGAUGGGGACUGGGACAGCACUUUCAUGGACAAUAACCCAUCACUUCUUUACCAGGACACCAUAAAACCCACACAGAGACCACAUGAAUUCAGGUGGCAGGCAAAUGAGCACCAGCCUGCUCUAUCUCACCUGCCUACAGACGUCAGCACCAGCCGAAAGGCUCAAUGUCCGGACGAAAGACUUCAUGAUCUCAGCUCUGGACACUCUGAACCAACAGAGGCCCUGGACAGCAGCAUCUUUGAUUACUGUCAGACGAGUGAACGGGACUCUGACGCUGAAACAGUACUCAAGUCUGCAGACGAAGUAGAUGACAAAUCCCAUCUCUGGAGUUGUCAUCCACAAAUAAAAGACUACAAUCAGAGUCAAUAUGAGGCAUCAGGGGAUGGAGAUGACCUAAAGUGUACAAGCAUAAGUCAUGGUGACCCUUCUAAAGUCUGUACUGUGGAAACAGCAGAAAAUCAAAGCAACACAGCAGACAGUGGAAUUGACUCACCAAGAGCACGCAUGAGUCUAACUUCAAGUAACUCGUUGAUACUCAAAGGGUUAAAGCAACGUGGUUUCCUACAGAAUCUUGAAAAACUUCACUCCAAGAGCAAUGGCAUUCAUCCCCAGAGUUCCUUGCUUCAGCUCACACCGGUCAUGAAUGUGUGAAUGGCUGGGUGGAGAGUUAAAUCACUGAUUUCAGUUUAUUCCAAGGUCUCUGUAUAUAUGUGUAUAUUUAUCACUUUUAUAUGUAAAUAUCCUUUGUCACACAAUACUGAAUAGUACAUUCAGCUAGCAUUGUUGGGUAUUUGGAGUAUUAUAUAAUUAGGGUUUUAUAGUUUUUCUUUUGUGCUAUUUUAAGUACCAACAUCCUCUGUUUAUAAAGAGGAAUACUAUAGUUCAAUUUAACAUGAAACCCAUGUAAACAGUGAGAAAAAAUAAACUAUGUACGUUACCAA